AUGUCUUUCGGUCGAACAGUCACCCUCAACUCGGGCUACAAGAUCCCCCAGAUCGGCUACGGCACCUGGCAGGCUGCCCCCGGUGAGGUUGGCAACGGCGUCUACGAGGCCCUCAAGGCCGGCUACCGCCACCUCGAUCUUGCCAAGAUCUACCAGAACCAGCGUGAGGUUGGUGAGGGUAUCAAGAAGGCUAUUGGCGAGGUCGAUGGCCUCAAGCGUGAGGACAUCUUCAUCACUGGAAAGCUCUGGAACAACAAGCACCGCCCUGAGGAGGUUGCCGGUGCCCUCGAUGACUCCCUCGAGGAGCUUGGUCUUGAGUACCUUGACCUCUGGUUGAUCCACUGGCCUGUUGCUUUCAAGAACGGCAACGAGCUCUUCCCCCUCAAGGAGGGCGAAGACGGCAAGACUGCUCUUGACCAGGGCGUCACUCUUUCUCAGACCUGGGAGGCCGUUACCAAGCUCCCCAAGGAGAAGGUUCGCUCUAUUGGUGUCUCCAACUUCAACAAGGAGAUGCUCGAGACCAUCAUCAAGGACACCGGCGUCACCCCCGCCAUCAACCAGAUCGAGCGCCACCCCCGUCUCCCCCAGCCCGAGCUCGUCGCAUACCAGAAAGAGAAGGGCAUCUACCUGACUGCCUACUCCGCCUUCGGCAACAACUCAUGGGGCGAGCCUCUCCUCAUCAACACCCCUGAGGUCAAGGCCGUCGCCGAGCGCCUCACCAAGUCCAAGGGCAAGGAGGUCACUCCCGCCCAGGUCAUCCUCGCCUGGUCCACCCUCGACAACCACAUCGUCAUCCCCAAGUCCGUCACCCCCUCUCGUAUCCGCAGCAACUUCGAGGAGGUUGAGCUCGACGAGGAGGCCAUCAAGGAGCUUGCCAAGUUCGGCGAGAAGCCCCAGCGAUUUAACAUCCCCAAGACCUACAAGCCUGAUUGGGACAUUGAUGUCUUCGGUGACGAGAAGGAGAAGAGCGCUAGCAACCAGGUUGUUCUCAAGCUGUAA